AUGGAGUCAGAACACUCAGGCACCCAAAGAGAACAAGACAUCGAGUUAGUCUCCAUCAAGUCGAGAUUACCACAGUUUUGGCGCGAUAAGCCUAGGCUAUGGUUCGCGCAGUUCGAAACUAUUACUGCCAACCAAAAGCUUAGCGAUGAGGCGAAGUUUGGACUUGUCGUCGCGCAACUGGACAAGAUGGACAUCGAGCAAAUUGGUGAUAUCAUCCUGUCACCAGCCAACACGGGCAGAUACGAGGCCCUAAAGAAAAGAUUGCUGUCUGUCUAUGAAGAGUCAGAAAAUAAACAACUACAGAAACUACUCAAUGAAGUUGAACUCGGCGACCAGCGACCUUCACAACUGCUACGACGGAUGCGAGAUCUGGGCCGCGACAAGAUUCCGGAGGACACACUGCGGAUGCUGUGGAUCAGCCACCUCCCACCGGCAACACGCGCCGUACUAGCAGUGAGCCAAGAAUCAAAAUUAGACUCGCUAGCGGCUAUGGCGGACAAAAUGGAUGAACAUACGAAGGAGAUACAAUCUGUUUGUUCCUGUAGUCACGGAAGCGUCACAUCUCCGAAACCUACGUCAUCAAACGAGAGGAUCAUAGAAAUGAUCGAGUCGCUGACGAAGGAAGUAAACGAGCUGAAGAUGGAAAGAGCGAGAGGCAACUAUCGUCAACCAUAUACUCAUCGCCGACGGUCGAGAUCCCGGUCAAGGUCAGCAAAUCCAGAGUCGGCCGUAUGUUACUUUCAUCGCAAGUUUGGAAAGGACGCCUUCAAAUGCAGAAAACCGUGCAAUUUCGCAAAGAAAACCGGCCAGAGACAGGAAAACUAG